CCCGCCCACAGGUGAGCAGUACCCGGUGAGCCAGCUCCUCUCCCUGCCUGCCCACUCAGUGGCAGUGCCCCGAGGCAGCUGUCCCCUCUGGAGCGCAGCGGAUCCCUCUUUCAGAACUCACUACCGAGAGCCCCCAGCAGGUGAUGGCAUAGGGUCAAGCGUGUCCGUGAAGUGACAUCCAUCUGCGAACAGGACUGGUGGCGGUGACUGGCGGCGGGGAGGGUGCUGGAAGAAUCCCGGCUUGGUCUGGUUUGGAAAGUCCAGGAUAGGCAGGAGCCGCCAUGCGGUGCUUCAGCUUCAUUAAGACGGUGAUGAUCCUCUUCAAUCUGCUCAUCUUUCUGUGUGGUGCGGCCCUGUUGGCAGUGGGCAUCUGGGUCUCAGUCGAUGGACCGUCCUUCAUGAAGAUCUUCGGGCCGCUGUCGUCCAGUGCCAUGCAGUUCGUCAACGUGGGCUACUUCCUCAUCGCGGCCGGCGCUGUCCUCCUCGCUCUCGGCUUCCUGGGCUGCUACGGGGCCCAGACGGAGAACAAGUGUGCCCUCAUGAUGUUCUUCUUCAUCCUCCUCGUCAUCUUCAUUGCGGAGAUCGCAGCUGCCGUGGUCGCCCUGGUCUACACCUCCAUGGCUGAGCACUUCCUGACCUUGCUGGUCGUGCCCGCCAUCAAGAAAGACUACGGUUCCCAGAAGGACUUCACCCAAGUGUGGAACUCCACCAUGGAAGGGCUCAAGUGCUGUGGCUUCAACAACUACACAGAUUUUGAGGGCUCUCCCUACAACAGCGAGAACAAUGUCUUCCCGCCAUACUGUUGCUUUGACCCUGGCAAUGGCACCGCUGUGGAACCCUGCACUAAAGAAGAGGCCCAGAACAAGACGGUGCAGGGUUGCUUCAAUCAGCUUCUGUACGACAUCCGAACCAAUGCAGUCACUGUGGGUGGUGUGGCAGCUGGAAUUGGGGGCUUGGAGCUGGCUGCCAUGAUCGUGUCCAUGUAUCUAUACUGCAACCUGAAAUGAGUCUGCUUCCGCCUCCGCCCCCACCCCUGCUGCUGCUGCCUACGACCAGGAAGGAGGUACCCUGGCACUGCCAAGAGGCAGUGAUCAGGGUGGGGAGGGAUCUGAUGGUGUCACUUGGAUCAGAGGCCCAUUUGGCUGCUCUGGACUCGAGGCCAAACAGGCAGCACCCCCUUCAGCCUGUGCCUGACUUUUCCUUCCAUUAUGGGGUUGGGGUACACCUGUUCCAGCGCCUCUAAGAGAAGUCCUCUUGCUUAUUCCUCCAGUCUGUCCCUUAAACCCUGGAGACCCCCUCGGGCCAAGGGCGGGGAGCUCUUGGUGACCCCAGUACUCCACAGAGGGAUGAGAGAAAGGCAUCCUAGAGCCUGAGCAUGUGCAAAUCAGCAGUCACUGGGUGGAUGUGUAGACACGUCAGAAUUCACAAACCCAUUAAAAUGUUUAUAUUUGGA